GAGAGAGAGAGAGAGAGAGAGAGAGAGAGAGAGAGAGAGAGAGAGAGAGAGAGAGAGCGGGUUUUUAUGCAAUAUAAUUUCAGUUGGUUCCUCUCUCUCUGUUGGUGGUUGCGAUUAUUUCUCACGUUCAAAGUCUUUUUCAUUUCUUCCUCCUCCUAAUUUGGCUCUAUUACCCUCUUCUUCCUCUUCCUUUCUUCUCCUCAUUCUCUCCCCCUUUGCUUUCUCACCUCUAGCUCAGCUCAUAUUUCCCCUCCUUCUUUCUUUCUUUGAUUCCCCAUUCCAAAGAUUGAAGCUUGAUCUCAGCAACACAAGCUCAAACUGGUUCAGCUUGUCGUUGAAUGAAAAGAGAUUGUGGUUGAAUCUUGUAAAUGGUGGAGAGUUUGUGAUCGGAAAGAAAGAGUGACCCUUUGGUGAUCACAGAAAGAGGGCCCUGAAUUCAGGGCAGGCGUGACGGACCCGGCAAUAGAGAAUAGCACCAGGAGGGGUUGUGACUGCUCGGCUGGUCUGGAGUGCAUACUUAAUAUCAUCAGGGCCCUGAGAAUGGGUUCCUGCUUGUCUGCUGAGAGCAGGAGCCCAAUGGCCUCUUCUUCUCCGGCCUCUCCCGGCUGGGGUGCCGCCCGCCGGAGAAAAAGCUCCAAGAGGAAAUCUACUUCCCGAAAUUCUUCUUUUGAUUACCGCCGGGAAGACCCUGCCCUGCAUCGGAUUCCGGGCAGAAUGUUUCUUAACGGGUCCAGUCAAGUUGCUUCAAUGUUUACUCAACAGGGCAAGAAAGGAACCAACCAAGAUGCCAUGAUUGUUUGGGAGAAUUUUGGUUCAAGAACAGAUACAGUUUUCUGUGGUGUUUUUGAUGGCCAUGGUCCAUACGGUCAUAUGGUGGCAAGGAGAGUGAGGGAUUCACUUCCUCUUAAGUUGAGCUCACAUUGGGAAGUGAACGUAAGCAGUGAGGAAGUUCUCAAAGAGAUCAGCCCUAAUACUGCGGGAAGCUUGAAUUCAGAUGAUACUGCAUUUGUGUCUGUUGAUGGAGAUUUCAGGGCCUCCAUUGAUAAUGAGGAUUCAGAAAAGUACCCUGAGAUCUUCCAGACACUGAAAGAGUCAUUCUUAAAAGCUUUCAAAGUUAUGGACAGGGAACUGCGAAUACAACCAAGUAUUGAUUGCUUUUGUAGUGGGACAACAGCAGUUACUCUAAUUAAGCAGGGUCGGGAUAUAAUUAUUGGCAAUGUCGGGGAUUCUAGAGCUGUUUUGUGCACAAGAGAUAAAGAUGACACUCUACUGGCAGUUCAGUUGACUGUGGAUCUCAAACCGAAUCUUCCAGCGGAAGCAGAAAGAAUACGUAAGUGUAGGGGACGUGUUUUUGCUCUUCAUGAUGAACCAGAGGUUUGUCGGGUCUGGCUGCCAAACAAUGACUCCCCUGGUCUUGCCAUGGCACGGGCUUUUGGAGAUUUUUGCCUCAAGGAUUUCGGUUUGAUCUCAGUGCCUGAUGUGUCCUAUCGGCAUCUCACUGAGAAGGAUGAAUUUAUAGUCUUGGCCACAGAUGGGAUUUGGGAUGUUCUGUCUAACAAAGAAGCUAUAGACAUUAUAGCAUCAGCCCCUACACGUUCCUCUGCAGCUCGAGUGCUGGUUGAGUCAGCAAUCCGAGUCUGGAGACAGAAAUACCCAACUUCAAAAGUGGACGACUGUGCUGUAGUUUGCCUAUACCUUGACUCAGACACAAACAACUUAUCAACUGCUGCUAAUAAUAGUUUGGAUGAUCAGCCUACUGCAGUGGAUGAGCUGAAUGCUGGGAGUGAGAAUGAAGAUGUGUCUGGCCCAACUUCCUUGGGACGCUCAGGGACUGUCCGAAAUGGUGAAGAAAUUAUUCAAGACAGAGAAGAUGACGAUGAAGAGAAAAGUAAGGAGAAUGCCACAGAGGAACUUAAUUUGGAAUCGGGUGUAGAUUGGUCUGCUCUGGAAGGAGUUUCUCGUGUUAACACACUGGUGACUCUGCCAAGGUUUGUGCCUGGAAAAGAAGACAUUAAGGCCCGGAACAAGUUGUGAUUCGUAGGGCCAUCAAAGUUAAAAGUUUUGACCGGAGAGGGGGGCCCUCCCGACUAUAUUAGCAUGUCUGGGAAAAUUUGUCCUUUCUAUUGCCGGUAGAAUUGGGAUUUUUGUAAAAUCCAACUCUCCGUUGUAUUAUUUAUUUGUUUGAAACAAAUUCAUGUGUAUUAUGUUGAUAAUAAUCUUGUGAUAAUGAAGCCUCAUCUUAGUACCCCUGUCCUCUUGAAAGGGAAUGCAAUGAAAAUGUAAUGUUGUUUCUAAUUAGGUCGAUUUGAAUUUG